AUGGAGUUCGCCACCCAACUAGAGGGUGAGAACAUGCACGUGAGUCUUGUUAAGAUUGACGACCGUGAGGAGCAUGUGUACGGAACUGCCGUUUCUCCUGAUGGGAAAUAUCUUGCGGCUGUACUCGGUGAUGGUUCGCUUUUCAUCAUGGACCCCCGAACACUCCACGUGCUCCAGCGGAGUGCAGCUGGCAAGUCAUACGACGAUCUCCCCAGUACUGCGGUGCGGUGGCUGGCGAAGGAGGAGGGGUGUGUGUACGAUUUGGUCUCCGUGUCCAGUGGGGGUGGCGUCUUUGUGUGGCGCUGGGACGGUGACAUCAUUGAACGAAUUGUGCGGGUGCAUGAGAAGGACAAUGAGAUCACAUGCCUUGCCGUUUCCCCAGAUGGUGAUGCUUUCCUCACCGCCGGUAGUGAUCGUAACGUGCGCUGCUACGGCGCAAAUGGCACCCUGCGGGGCAUCAUGAACAGGAGAUUUGACGAGGACGGAUUUGUGCAAUCAGCGCAUACCAAUCGUAUUCUGUCCGUUCGUUUUGUAACACCAACCCUCGCUGUUAGCGGUGGGUGGGGAAGCCCUAUCCAAGUUUGGGACAUGCGCAACCUGGAAUCAAGAAAAUGCCUUGUUGGGACGCAAAUUGCUGCCGAUGGCAUUGAGCCUGUCCUUGACACAAGUUGCAUCGUUGUGACUUCAAAGCGGGCAGAUCAGCAGCUGCAGGUGUUUGACUGUGUCUCUGGAAGCGAGAUCGAAGAUGAUUCUAUGCGACUCUCUUCAGCUGUAGAAAACCAUGUGCCGUUGUUAACGAGGUAUUGCAAGAAAACAGGGUGCUUGUGGACAAUCACAACAAAACCACACAGCAUUCUUGUUACGUCUUUUACAUCAGGUGAGUUGCUGGCUUCUUUUGCUUCACCGUUUCCCCUUAUGAAUGUAGAGGUUUCUGAUCACUUUCCACGGAAAGCUUUUGUCUCAUGUUCAAAAGGAAAAUUGUUUGUGGCAACGGUGAAGCCAUAG